UGUUGAAUUUCUGUCUGUCUCGGGUAGUUGUUUCUCUGUUGUGUUGUGAAAGUAAUAUGCCAGAAUAUUGAAUUAAAAUGAAAAGAUGUCAGUGUUACAUGCCUUUAAUUUAACAAAUAGUUAAGUGCCCAAACAUAUAUUAUAAGUUUUUAGUUUUUACAAUUAUUGUACAAUGAACCAGAGUGUUGAUCCAGAAUCUGGGAGUGAGAUGGAUGAAAACCACGACAAUAACAGUGAAGAUGAAAAGGUUUCUGGUUCUCCACCUCAGUCUCCGCCAUCACCAUCAUUGUCCCCUUCUUCCCCACCACAGUCUCCCUGCUCUGGUCCCUGCUCACCAUCUCCUCCGCAGUCUCCAGCAUCACCACAAUGGAAUGCAUCUAAUCCACAAUCUCCUUCUCCUCCACAAUCUCCUUCUCCUCCGGAGUCUCCUGUUUCCAAUCCUCAAUCGAUAAAUGCAAAUCCUGACUCUCCAAUUUCAAAUCCGGAGUCUCCUCUUUCUAUUCCUAAAUCUCAGAAUUCUAAUCCAGGUUCGCACUGUUCCAGCCCGAAAUCUCCUGCUUCAAAUCCUCAAUCACCUGACUCUAAUCGGCACUCACCUGCAUCAAAUUCUCCCUCCCCCUCUACACCACCUUACUCACCUGCUUCAAUCCCCAAAUCUCCUGCUUCUAACCCCCAGUCUCCUGCAUCUAAUCCCCAUUCUCCUGCGUCUAAUCCCCAUUCUCCUGCGUCUAAUCCCCAUUCUCCUGCAUCUAAUCCCCAUUCUCCUGCUUCCAGUCCCCAAUCACCUGCUUCGAAUCCCCAAUCACCUGCUUCAAAUCCCCAAUCACCUGCUUCAAAUCCCCAGUCACCUGCUUCAAAUCCUCAAUCUCCUGCCUCUAAUGCUCAGUCGCAUGAUUCAAGCCCUCAGUCUCCUGCUUCAAACCCCCAGUCUCCUGCUUCAAACCCCCAGUCUCCUAUGUCAGAAUCUGGUCAACAAUCGGAUGACGAAGUGCAGGUGAGUGGAGGUGAAGCAAGUGAUGACGAUCAUCCUGAAAGCAGUGCUGUGCAAGAAAAUGAAAUUGAAGGUGCUGCAUCUCCUAAUGACGAUAACCAGAGUGAAAAGGGACAAUCAAAGCAUAGUGACAAAGAAGAUUCAGAUGCAGAAGAAAAUAUUCCAGAAAUAAAUAUUGAAAGUGCAGAUGAAGAGGAGGGACAUGACUCAGACAAGAAUGCUUCUGAUGAUGAAAAUAAUGAAGAUAAAGAUGAAAAAAAAAUAAAGGAUACAAGUGACAGUGAAGUUGAAAGAUCUGAUGAUGAGUCACCACAAAAGCAACUUUCAACCAAUAAGAGUUCAAAAAACUCAUCAGCUGUCAAAAAAAGCAAAGGAAAGUCCAAAACUGAUGAUAACUCUGAUUCUGAGAGUGAAGCUGAUAGUGAUGAAUCUGAAGUAGGUGGUCUUAUAGCUGAUAUAUUUGGUGAAAGUGAUGAUGAAGAUGAAGAGUUUGAAGGAUUUGAAGAAGAAGAAGCUGGUGGGAAAAAAACAGACGGUUCCACAAAAGCAAUUACACCUAAAAAGAAAAGAGCUAAAAUUGUGUCAGAUUCUGAAGACGAGGCGAAUGAAAAUGAUGAAAACUUAAAUGAGUCUGCGGGAGUAAUAGAAGAUGUUCCCGCUCCCUCUCAAGAAGAAGUUGAGCAAGAAGAAGUACAAGAAAAGAAAGUUGAAUCUGAAGAUUCAGAUGAUGAAGAUGUAGAUCGUAAAAUGAGGGAAGAUUUUGUAUCUGAUUUUGAUCUUAUGAUGCAAAAGAAAAAAGAAGAAAAUUCAAAGAAGCGACGUAGGAGAGAUGUAGAUUUAAUCAGUGAUAGCGAUGAUUUAAUUGCUGACAUAAUAAGUCAAAUGCGACAAGCAGCUGAAGAAGACAAAUUUUUAAAUAAACAAAAGAAAACAGCAACAAAAAAGCUGAAAAUUCUGUCUAUGGUGAUGUCUCAGUUGAAAAAACAGGACUUAAAAACUGCAUUUUUAGACCAAGGGGUUUUGAAUGUUAUUGCUGAAUGGCUUACUCCUUUGCCUGAUCGCAGUUUGCCUCAUCUAAAUAUCCGUGAAGGAAUGCUGAAGCAGUUAGGUGAUUUGCCAGCAUUUGACCAAAGUUUGUUGAAAUCAAGUGGAAUCGGUAGAGCUAUAAUGUAUCUUUUUAAACAUCCUAAAGAAACAAAGGAAAAUCGAGAAAAGGCUGGAAAACUCAUUACUGCAUGGUCAAGACCAAUAUUCAAUGUUCCUACUAACUAUCACUCCCUAACAAAGGAAGAAAGAGAACAAAGAGAUUAUGAUCAUGUGCCUAAAAAACGAAAAUUAAAAGACCAUGAGUCCCAAGAAGAGGAACCUGAACCAAGGAAGGAUAUUGACCAAGAGCUAAGUGGGGAUCAGAAGGCUAUUCGACCGGGAGAUAAAGGUUGGAUCGGAAGAGCUCGAGUCCCUGUGCCUUCAACGAAAGACUAUGUAAACCGACCAAAAUGGAAUGUUGAAAUGGAGUUCUCUCAGGGCUCUUCUAAAAAACCUCUUACUAGAAUAGAAAAACAUAUGAGAAUGUUGCAAGAGAAGAAAAGAUUGAGUAAAACACAAAGAGCUAUUACCAUCAGUAUUGAGGGACGAAAAAUGGCAAUCUAAAAUUGCUCUUUCGUUUUAUGACAUAUGCUUCAGUUUGUAUCAUGUCAUACAUUUGAAAAUAUGUCAUGUAUUUUGACAUGGGUUAUAAAAGAUAUGUUAAAUAAACUGUUUUAUACUAUUUA